AUGUUCUCCUUUCUACCUCAGAUCAGCAAGUUGCUGCCCUUCGGGGACCGCGUGCUAUUCGCGCUGCCUCCUGUGAAGAUCCAGGAAAUUGAUACAGCCCAUGAGAAGCCCGCGCGCGCGCUGAAACAUCUGCUGAAAUUGAAUCAUGCGAACCAUGCCAUAUUGUACAAUGAUCGAAAAUUUCAUAAUCAUGCCCCGCAUAUUCUGAGCUCCUCUUUCAUGCAAGGUGCUGAUGCAGAUGACUUGCAUCGUGUAUAUGAGGCGGAAUCUACGCAUCUGGAACCUUGGACUGAUGCUCCUGGGGAAAUCAGUGAUUUUGAUUGGAGAGAUUUUCUGGGUUGCAGAGAGUAUCAACGUGCCUUUGUGGACUUCUUUGAAGAUGAACUCGUCCGCCAGUCCUACGAUUGGAAGCAAGUCGUCAACGAGUAUCUGUUCUCUGGAAAAGAGCCGAUCUUCAACUCUCUCAUCGCUGAUCUCGGCCAUCCCCUAAUCCACAUGGCAUACGCCUUCGAAUUCGCCAGCCGCGAAGUAGCAAUGGAGGCUCUAGCCAUGACUUCCACCUGCUACAGCGCGAUCCACAAAUAUCUGGAUGAUCCAUCCUACGCCCAGGCCGAAUCAUCCUACCAGUCGACCUCCCUCUUCGACAUCCUCAACAAAGUCCGCCUCGACAAACAGUUCAACGGCCUCUUCGGCACCCCCGGCGGCAACAACAUGGACAUCAUCUUCCGCGACUGCGAAGCCGCUCUCCUCAACCACUGGAACGCCUGGAAAAUCCAGGACCCCGUCGCCCAGUUCCGCGAGAGCCAGGAAGUCGCUGUCGCUAUCCUGACUGGCACCCACUCAGAUCGCACUAGCGAACAAUACGACUUCUUCUUCGUCCACAUCCUGACUACCAGCCACGCUGUCCGCAUCUUACUGCCCCUCAUCCCUCCCCAGUUCCAGCUGUCUCUGGUCAGACAGUGGUGGCUCAUGACGCUGUGCGUUUACAUUGCUCAGCUUCGUCCGCAGAUCGACCUCGACCGUAUUCGCAAGUAUGAGCUCGGUGGACGCGAUUGGAAUUGGACUGCUAAGAGGGCGGUCAAGAGUGAGCAUUCGACUGAUGCGCAUUAUGUUAAGGCGCUGCGCGCGUAUAAGGAGUGUGCGGCUACGUGGGGCGAUGCGGAUGAGUUUUAUCUGAAGGCGGCGGUGAGGUUUGGGGAGGAGUUCAAUUGUUGGGGUGGGUUCGUCUGA